CCCCACCCCCCUCAGCUUUUCUGCACAACCUUCCAAACAAAGAGAAUUAAUGGAAAGCGAAAUUUCCAACCUUCUUUCUCUAUAGCUACCCAUUUUAUCCACAUCUGAAUACAUAAACACGCAUAUAUUCAUUACAAUUUACAAACCAUAUAUAUCCAUCUAUCAAUCAAUCAAUUAACACCUUGCUAGCUAUUAAUCCUACACGACAUAUGCUGUUACCCGCCGGUCUAUGGGUGGUGUAUUCCGAUUAGCAUCUUCCAUGGCCGCCGCACAUCUCCAGAUCAUCAAAAACCAAGCUCAAUCUCAUGGCUGCCUUUGAAGCUUCGAGAUUCGAAUCCCUAGGAGUUUUGGAGUUUGGGGGCUUCCGGAGACGACCAUGCUCUCGGCGGCGGUUGGGGAACACAAAAUUGGGCGGUUUUCCGGCGUCGUGAACCAGCUGGAGGGUUAUGGUUUUCCGACCGAAGCUUCCACCACAGGUCCAGUAGCAGCAAUCGAUAACACUAGCAGCAGCAACAACAACAAUAACGAUAACAGUAGCUCUAAUUUUGGUCCAUCAUCCAUGGCUGACGAGGAGGAAAUUACCACCAGAAACCACGGCGGCGCUGAAUCGAGCACUAAUUCGAAGGAUAACAAUGGCAAUAGCAGCAAUAUGGGCGGUACCGACGAUGAAGGGUGGUUGCAGCUCAGUAUCGGCCUUCGUCAUCCACACACCACCUCCGCCUCGGUCACCACCAUUGUUAAUGUCCGGCCAAAUCAAUCAAAUCCGGUGGAGCUUGAGCUGAUGCCAAAUAGAGAUGCGUAUCUAUUAGGAUCGGCAAUCGGAGCCCCGCAAGGGCUUUUUAGCACUACGCCAUUUUUGUUCCAAGCCACUGCCGCGGCUAAUUUUUCUUCACAUCCACAGAAUGUGAUUGUAACGCCGGCGGCGGCGGCGCCUCGGCCAUUUCAAUCGGUGUACGAUGACGUGGCGUACGGACGCCGGCCGGGUCUCGAUUUCAGGGUCGUUCAGCCUCCGAGAAGACCGCAAUCCGGGAUAUGGUUUAUGCUGCAAGCAUCGCAAAAUCAGGAAAGAGAAGCAUGUUUGCCUCAGAUAUCUAAGAGCUACUUGAGAAUUAAGGAUGGCAGGAUGACAAUCCGGCUGGUUAUCAAAUACCUCGCUAAUAAGCUUAGAUUGGAAAAUGAAUCACAGGUACGAAAAAUGCAUGAUUUAAUUAAAUUUCACUACUCACCUUUUUAUUUAUGCUUUAUUAUUUACCUUGCUCUUUUACCAUUUGGAAAUUGA